CACUUCAAUAGGCAACGUGGACCUCACUGCUCAAAAUUCUCCAUUCGGCUAACAUCAUUUUUCUGAAAUUAUUUUGGUGGAAAAUCAAAACGUUUUUAUAGGGACCGCCUGAUUACCAGGACAUUCGAUCAAAGCUCCGUUGAAGAUGUGCGAUAAGCAGACCUGUCCCCCGCCCCCGCGGUGUUGUCCUCCACCACCGCCACCAUGUCGUCCUCCUCCCACAUUGUUGCAGAAAAUCAACUGUGUUCCCUGCAACCGGUUCUUCUUCUUUCUGAUCGGAGUGGGAAUCGGACUCUAUUGGGACAACAUGAAGAAGGAGGCGAAGAAGGCGGCCGAGGAGGCCAACAAGUCGCCCAAGGAGAAGGAGAAGGAGGCUAAGGAGCGCGAGAAGCAGCAGAAGGAGAAGGAAAAGGCCGACAAGGAUAAGAAAGAGAAAGACAAGAAGGACAAGGACAAGGACAACAAGGGCAAGGACAAGGAUAAGGGCGGCAAGUAACUUUCUCGCUGAACACGGAGAUGUCGGGAAUCGGGAAACUUUUCUUAAAAUUCGUAUCUCCAUCAAAUCAUUUUCACAAUAACAAAAUUUCAAGUACAACUUCAAAAUUUCUAUUGAUCCAUAAAGAAGACGCGACUUCGCAAAAUAUUGAUGACCAAUCUUAUCAGCAGAUUUGAAGACAACAAAUAUAGAAUUCGUUAUGUUGAGAUCAAUUGCAGUUCUUUUCACAGUCGCGGCUUAAAAAAAUCUUAUAAAAGUUGUACGUUUAAAAGGCUUUUUAUCAAGUCAUUCGUCAAAAAAAAAUAUAAAUUCGAAUUUAAUAAGGAACUGCUUUUUGAAAUCUUUUUCAAAAAUGUUUGUAAAUUAAACAUGAGGAGUAUUAAAUAGCUAAAACGUCAAAAUCGUAGAUAUUAAAAUUGCCUAAUAAAAAUCUAUCAAUGCAA